AUGAACAAAACUCACCCCCAGAAAGGUGAAGUUUGUGUGGCUGUGGGAUUCUGUAAAUGCCUUUUAUCCCUUUCCUUCCAGAGAAACGGUGAUGUAGCUACUUUUGGUUCAACAGAGUCCUUCUCUGGAGAAAGAGGCUGCUGCCAUCCCUGUGGUGCCCGCUGCCACCCACGUGGUGCCCACCCUGGCUGCACACAGAGGCACCUCUGCAUCUCUGCCCUGGCACUGCUCGUCCUCACGGCCGCCGUGGCCUCGGCGGUGGCAGCCCUGGCACUCCUGCCACGGGCACCAGUGAACCGCCUCUGCACAGCCCCUAAUAACAGGACAGGCUUCUUGUGUGACGACAGAGUGACUUGUGUCCCAGCCAGCUGGGUCUGUGACAGAGUCAGCAACUGCAGGAACGGAGAGGAUGAGCAGGAGCAGCUCUGUGGUGACUUGCCCCAGAGCCUCCCAGGGUACCUGGUUUUCUACUGCAGCAACCCCAGAUCCUGGGUUUAUGCUGACCAGAGGUGUAACGGGAUGAACGACUGCGGGGACUGCUCUGACGAGACGUGGAGCUGGGCCGCCUGCCCCCCGUGUGGGCAGGAGUGGUGGAGCUGCAGCCCCGUGCACUUCGAGUUCUGCUCCUGCAUCCCCCGGAGGCUGUGCCGGGACGGCAUCCAGCACUGCCAGGGCUGGUCCGACGAGUUCCUCUGCCCAGCCUGAAUCCUGGUGCCCACACGUCACCCUGGAGCCUCGGGGUCCUGCCCUGCCACCUGCUUGGGAAGCUCCAGCCAAGCAAAUCCUCCUCUCAGCACAGUGACACCGAGCAGGGCCUGUGGCAGCCCUGGGCUGGACACCGGCUGUGGGACAGCUGCCAGGAGUCUGUGCCAUGGCAAGGGGACACUUCCUUUGGUGCUGGGCUGGAGAGGCAUCACCAGGCAUGGCUGGCACAGCCCUGGGCCAGGGCUUCCUCCUCUCUGGACAUCCUGGGGCAGGUGGCCACCCUGAGAGCUGCCCGAGCAGCAGGAGCUGGCUGGGGUGGGGUGAACGCACCUCCAGAGUCCUGAUCUCCACUGGCAGCUUCUGUUUGUCUUCAGGACACGUCUGCAGGUGGCUUCAGCAGUGACUCUGAGGGCUGACACUCCUGGGACACUUCCUUGGGAAUGCUGUGCUGGGGUGACACCUGGGGAGCUGCUGCUCAGGCCACCUCCUGCUCUCUUCUCAAACCAUGAAGGCCAACACAGGGAGUGUAAUGGCAUGGAAAACUGGAGAAGUUUCAGGGUUUGGGGGGAUAAAUCAUGUCCCUGUGACAGAGUAGCUGUGCCUGGGAGCUGGGGCAGGGAAGCAGCAGGUAAAUAACCUGCUCUUCACUCAGGGCUGUGCAGUUUUGCAGCAGCAGCAGGCUGAGAACAGCCAUGGAGCUGGGAUGGGUCUCACUGAAGCUGGCAAAGAAAGGAGGAAAAGGAAGUGUCAGCCUUGGAGCAGAGAGCAGCAGAAAAUUGAGUGCUGCUCCCAGGGUGGUGUGGGAUGACACUGGAUCCGUUUCCUGCUUGUUUUGUUCCUCUGCCAGCAGGGCACAGUCGGGCAGCCAAGCCUUCCAAGCAGUCCUCAGGAUGUAGGUAUGGACAUGACACUGAAAUUUAAGAAAGAUGAGGUUUUCUCUGCUCCUUUGAAAAUAUCAUCUGUGUCUAAAACAUUGAGGAAACCCCCACAUUUACAGUGAGUACUCUUACUUUUCUAGGCCCAAAAAAAUCCCAUGAGGUGAUCUUGUUCCCAUUGCCACCUCAGGUCAUAGAUAUUUAAAAAUAAACUCCUGUUCACUCUGUUCUUCUCAGUCCUGUGAUCUGCAGCUCUGCCUGUCACUGUAACUCAGAUCAAUGGUGAAUGUUACUUCUAAUUUGUCACUGGGAUACAGCUGGAAAUCUGAGAGAACUUUUUAUAAAUAGCUUUACAGUAUUGUGACUCACACUCUGCCUGCAAUGAGAUGGCAAAACUCUGCAUGGGGGAAUGUUAAAGCUGCUUUUACUCACCUGUCUCUCUCCAGGCCUGGCCAGGGUGCACAGCUUGUUUUCUCUGUGCCUGUAAAAUGUCAUCCCAGUGCAGUAAGGAUUGAACUAAUCAGCUGUUAAAAAAUCCAUAAAAUAUAGGAACCCUCAUGCUCAGCACAGGGCCCAGGUAAGGGGUUUGGUAAAAUUAGGACUGGUAAAAAAAUGUGCAUCUCUCCAUGGUCAGAUCAGCAUGUCUCCAAUGGUGGAAGGGGUGGCCAAAAAUUCCAUGGUGGCAAUUGCACCAGAAGCAGCUUGAGGGGGAAGAUUGCACAUCUUCCUCCCCACUGAGCCACUGUUUUGAGUCCCAAUUUGUGCCAUAGUUUGUCUCAGCAGAGAGCUGAUGUAGUUGUCAGGGUAAGGUAUUAAUAGCCUUGAGUUUCUGGGAAAAGAAAUUAGGAUUUCAGUGCAAAUGUGCCUGUUUUGUUUGUGUGUAGUCCUUUUUUGAGGAAAAUUCAGCAGUAAGAAGACAAAGGGGUUUUGUUCUUUAUACAUUUCUGAGCUGAAGUUCAAUUUCUUGGCCUCUUCAUGGUUUCCAAGGAUGUGCUGCUUUUCUUGGUGAUGAAUUAUUAUAGCCAACAGUGUAAAAGGAAGAUGAUACCCUCUGAAGAAGCACUGGUAGGAGAAACCUGGAGAAAAUCCUUGGCCUCAUGAGGCCCGAGAGGACAAUGACGAGCACUGAGCACAUCAGCCAGUUGUGAUGGAAACACUCAGGGCAGGAAUUCAGUGUUUGUUACCUGCAGCAUUACAGCUGCACAGACCAACACAGAACAGGUCUGAGUGUCCAGGUAAUUUACAGCUGAUCUGCAUAAUUAAUAUUUGAAUUAUAAAUGUCCCUCAGUGUUUUCAGAUGGAGAAGCACAGUUAGUGUAGUGCAGGCACACUGAAAAUGGGUUUUAAACCACAGAAUGAUCUCCAAUGCAGUGAAUUUGCUUGUAAGGGAGAACAAAUUACAACUGCAGAGGAUAAUCUCUACAGCAACCUCAUUCCAGCUCUCAUUUCCAGGGCUAAAAUGAGAAAGAAAAGGGGAAUUGUGUUCCACUUUGUGCUUCUGCAAUGGCUGUUGCUGAGGUGUUACUGCCUCUGCCUCCCUUCCCAGAGGUCUGUGCUUAUCCUUUGUGCUCCCUCCCUCUGCACAGCCCCAUCAGCACAGCCUGGUGCUUUCAGGCUGAAGUUUCUGUUCUAGCAGCACUGUAAACAUCCCAUGGCACU